AUGAGCUCUAACAAUAAUUCCCUGGCCAAUGAGCGAACAGGCCUUCUCCGUUCACACCGUGGCUCCUUCGAUGGCCUCGCACCUCACGACCACACAGAACAUGGACAGCAUCACCACCAUCCGAAAGAUAACCGUGUCUGGGUGCAUUGGCCGAUGCAUGUCGUCCAUCUAACCUGGAGAACCAUCGUUCGCGACUAUGUCAAUGUCUUGCUUAUCUUUGUCCCCUUGGGCAUCAUUUCUGGUGCUCUUGGUUGGAACUCCACCACUGUCUUUACACUGAAUUUCUUUGCUAUUGUUCCCCUCGCUUCACUGCUCAGCUUUGCCACCGAGGAGCUAGCCGCUACUCUGGGCCAAUCGCUUGGCGGCCUCAUGAAUGCCACAUUUGGAAAUGCUGUUGAGUUGAUUGUCAGCAUCAUCGCCUUGAAACAGGGCCAGAUUCGCGUCGUCCAGGCCAGUAUGCUUGGCAGCAUCCUGUCUAAUAUCCUACUGGUCCUGGGCUGCUGCUUCUUCGUCGGUGGACUCCGCUACCGCGAGCAGUCUUUCAACAGCACAGUCGCAUCAACCAUGUCUUCGCUCAUGGCUGUGGCCUCCGCUUCGCUUAUCAUCCCUGCCACCCUCUACGCCGCCAUCGAGAAACCAGACAGCAAACCCAAGCCCGACGGUAGCGGUAUAGAUAUCAUAGACCGGACCAAGGAUGCCCAGCACAACAUCCUCAUCUUGUCACACGGCACUUCCAUUAUUCUGCUGCUUAUCUACGUCAUGUACCUCUACUUCCAGCUGGUAUCCCACUCCGACCUCUUUGAAGAGACGAAUGCCAGCGAUACCGAGAACAACGCUGGCGCCGAGGAAGAGGAAGAGGAAGAAGAACGCCUUCUUAGUCCCUGGGCUGCGGGCGUGGUCCUUGUCGUCGUGACUGUCCUCGUCUCUAUCUGCGCCGAUUACCUAGUCGAUGCUAUCGAUCCCCUAGUCAAGACGACCGGCAUGAGCAAGACCUUCAUCGGACUGGUACUGAUUCCAAUUGUGGGUAACGCCGCAGAACAUGUCACCGCCGUUGUGGUUGCGUACAAGGACAAGAUGGAUCUCGCCAUCGGAGUUGCUAUUGGUAGCAGCUUGCAGAUUGCGCUGUUUGUCACGCCGUUCUUGGUUAUUCUGGGCUGGAUCAUGGGUGUCGAGAUGACACUGCACUUCCAGACUUUUGAGACCGUUGCCUUCUUUAUUUCCGGCUUGGUUGUUACUCUGCUUAUUCAGGAUGGAAAGUCAAAUUACCUUGAGGGUGGUAUGUGUCUCGGCAUGUAUAUCAUUCUGGCCUUGGCAUUCUAUGUCUACCCUGAUACUCCCAACAAGACCUAG